AUGGAUCAAAAUACAAUUGAAGAGCCGAAACAAGUACGCUUAUCGAUGUACGCAAAACAAUAAUUUAAUUAAAACCCUAUUUAUUCAGCUAUAAUUCUAUAAUUACUGAUCAGACAAACUAACUUAACCUCACUUUGAUUUUCAGAAUUCUAGUCAAGUUCGCGUGAUUCUCUGAAACGAACAAUACUUUGGAUUCCAGAGUUUUGAAACGGUCCUUGUUUCAUAGAAAGAUAAAAAAGGAAAAAAGUAUCAAACGUGAAGAAUUGACUUUUAAAAACGCGAUUUUCAGAGCACCGUGGCGGUUGAGAAAAUAAACAAGGAUAAUGAAGGACUUGACGAUGGCCGGAUAAACAGGGGAAUAAAUGAGAAACGGGCGCGUUCUUUCGAUGCGGCAGCUAGACAAACAAUCGAGAGAGAAUUGGAGGUAGCCAUGCGGAAUAAUAUGGCCCGAAUAUACCAUGGUAGCUCGACGAUAUUCAAAUCUCCUGUUGUGCCAGCUGCACAGUUGCUGAACAUUUUUAACUUCAUUUUCAUGACUUUACCCGUGACUCACAUCUGUAUGGACCAGAGCCAUUUAAAUAGUUCUUGGAGGCAUACGUACAAUUUAUUAUGCCUUUAGAAAAUAUAAAAAUGAAGGAAAUAUUGCGAAUGAACCUCGUGCUGAACGACCAAAGAAAUUAAAGAAGAGAGAAGAAAAGACCCUAAUCCGCCAUAUUCAGGAAGAUCCCUUCACUUCCGGACCACAACUGGCGUUAAUGGCAGCAACACUGUUUGACAAAGAAAUACGUCCGGAAUUAUGUUGUAGAUUGCUCAGAAAACAUGCUUCAAAUGCACGAGUUCCAAGGAGAAAAAAACUCCAUUUAGCCAAAGAAUUUAUUGAUAUAGAUAAUUCUUUUUGGAGUACGGUGUUGUUCCCCGAUGAGAGUAAAUUUGAUGUUUUUGGUUCUCUUAUGGAGAAGAAAAAAUACAGAAUUAAAUCCAAAAAAUUUUAUGGUUUAGAUUAA